AGAGAGAGGUCGAACCGAUCUCCUCCUAGCAGCUUCAGUUUUGUGGCACAAUCUCUCUUAUUCGUGUUGCAUUUGCUCUUCGUUCGUGUUGCCUGCCACAUCGUGUCGCGGCUUUCGAUUUCCCAUUACUGUUCGUUGCUGUUUUGGUGCAUUCGUUUCUAAACAUGUUUGAACUGCCCAUCAGGUUGACGUUAUACAAAUGUUAGCCAUAGGCCUGCACGUUCAGCAUAAAUGAGGCAUUAAGCCGCAAUUGCCAAAGAACCGAAACAGGAGAAGCGACCGCAGCAACAACAACAAAAACAACAGUCAGAGGCAAGUGCAGUCAAGGCGGGCUUAAUUAACAUGCAGCUGGCAACGUUCCCGUCAACAACAAAAACAACAACCUAACGACAACAACAAGCUGCAAAAGAACAGUGCAAUUCCAAGAUAUCAAAAAGCGAAAAACGUUUUCUCUUUUGGUUUUUUGUGGUGUGCUGUGGCUGUGGCUAGAAGGUGUCGACGACGUCGAGCAGUCUAAGUUUUGCCCAUCUCCAGACUAAUGAUGCUGGGGCUGACGCUGCCACUGCCUCAUGCAAGAACUGCGCCCUGCAGCUGUUAAUUAAUCUGCAACGGCAAACAGAGGGGAAGAGAACCAAGAGGAAGAAACGCAGCAGCCAAAAGCAAUUACGGGAGCAGAGACAGUGACGGAAACAACAAGCAACAACGGCAGAAUCAACAGCAACAGCAACAAAUAAAGCAAAAUGUCGCUGGUUUUGCGAAGUCAACGCGCCUUCAUUGAGGAAAAUGCUCGUCAAGUGCCUGGUGGCAGCACCAACAGUUCCGCCUCCAGUCCGGAGUCGUCUGGUAUGAACCGAUCGGUGCGCAGCUGCAACUGCUGUCCCUAUGGCUAUCACAUUGACCUGGACUUUGUGCGCUACUGCGAGGCGCUGGCCCAGGCCAAGCCCAGCGAGGAGGAGCAGCGGCGUAGGGAUCGACGUCGCUCGCGCAAGUCCAUGGAGGUUAUGCUCGGCUUCGAGAGCCUCUUUGGCGGCGACUGGCAGGCGGAGACGAGAGUGCAGGGCCGACUAGCAGAGGCCGCACAUGAAAGCGAACCAGAUUCUCCACGCGGAGUCGGUGGAGCAGCAGGUCUGUCGCAGUCCUAUACCACAACUCCGUGCUAUCGGCCGCGUUCAUCGUCUGUGCCACGCUUCACUUACGGCAGCAUCCCGCCGAGAGCCGAGUCACCAUUUGGCACUGCCUCCUCCACGUGCUCCUCGCUGCGCGGCGGCGUCGAGAGUGACGCGGGGAUCUAUCAACAGCGCCAUCAGAGCUAUGGCCGACCGGCGAUCAGUCCGCCAGAGACGCGGGCCUUCCUCCACGACGCCCUGGACGAGGUCUGCAGCGAUUUUGAGCGCACACUCGAACGGACAUCGGUGAAGCGUCGCAAAGGGGGUGCCCCCUAUGCGGGCGGCUCCCUCUCCAUGGAUCGGAACAACAAUAAGUUGAUGCUGAAUCUCAGUGGCUAUGGCCAGAAGGAGCGCAAUCAGCGCCUGGGCAACAGCACGUGGGAUCGCUACUUUGAUGUGGCAGACUCCUGCAUAGCGGGAAAUCGAUCACCAACGAGCACGCCGCACCUCUUCCUGCGCUCCAAUACGCUUCCUCUGCAGCAGCGGCCCAGCCCCGCCGAGGUGCAGUAUGAGAGCUAUGUGCAGGCCACGGUGGCGGCCAAUGCCAAGUCGCCAGUGGAGCAACUGGAAUCGCCGAAGACUAUGCCAGGCACUGCACCGCCGCCUCCACCACGUCGGCAUCAUCUGCUGGCAACUCCCAAGGAAGGCGAGAAGGAGAAUGGCACCAUGAGCAGCUCCAUGCAGUCGCCAGUGAAUUCGGAAACGGGUCAGACGACGGCGGAAGCCCAGGCACUGUUCCAGAUCCGCGAACAGAUGGCCAUGAGCCUGAAGCGCCUGAAGGAUCUGGAGGAGCAGGUCAAGGUCAUACCCGACAUGGAGUUGGAACUCAAUUCAUUGCGGUCGGAGAAGCAGCGUCUGCUGCGCAAGAACGAGGAGCUGGUGCGGGGACAAAGACAGACACCAUCACCUCCCAGUCCGGGCCUAAAGAACGCCUCACCCGUGCAGUUCACGCCACAGCGCAUAAGUCCCGUCUCGCUGGAGAGCCUGGGGGCACGCAUGCGCAGCAGUUCGACCUCGGCGUCGCCUUCGCCCAGCGUCAUUCGUCGCGAUGUAUCCACCCAGGCAGCCAGCCGGGUCACAGCCACCCGAGACGUGGCCGUUGGCUCCACGCUGAGCACCCGUCACGUGGCCACUCAAGAGGCGGCGGCCAUUUACUCACAAGCAGAGCUGGAGCAGAAAAUCGGUUUGGCCCUGAGCAGCCACCAGCAGCAGCAGCUGAAGAAGCUCAUCACAGUGGGCACACAGAUGUACGUGCCGAAGCGGGAGCAGCGGGACUCGGGCAUGCAGACGCUGGCGGAGCGACCGAAGCUCAAGUACAAUGUGGGAGUCAGUGCCAAGCCCGCGACGAGGGAGAACUUCACCAGUUGCAAGCCAGAUCUGCGCACUGUGGGCAGCUCCGAGCACCGCAUCGACGAAGAGCUAUGCGAGAAGUGUGCCAUCAGCAAGCGAUCAGUGGGCUGCGGUCCGGAAGUGCCCACGACGGAGAAGCCAGCGAAGUCAGCGCCACAGAUGCUGGGACGCAGCAACACCUUCAGCCUCGGAGAGAACGAAUCGCUAAGCCUCAUCCGCAAGGCAGUGGGCUGUCAGACGCCAAUUACGAUGGUGCACAGUGCUGCGAGUCAGACUGCGAUGAAGACGGUUCGCUCAACCGGAGCUCAGGUGACGCCGCAGCAGCAGCACGCGGUGGUGCAGUGUGGGGCAGAGCAGAGCAAUCGGCAAACCGAUACCGACGGCCUGCAGCGCCUCUCGCGUAGCGCCACAAAGACGGAACAAGUGGCCGAGUCUGUGCAACGACCUCGAACACGUCACACAGCCUGCAACACGGAUCAGCCGGAGCAAAAACAGUUGCCGGAACCGAUCAAGGCACCCGCCACCACCCACUCUGCCUGCAACACGGAUGAAAUUCGCAAACGGGAUGUGGGCUGCGGCGAGAUUGUCAAGCCACACAUCUCGAUUGCCUGUGCGGCCAACUACUGUGAUUCCUGCAAGGAGGCCAUCCAGGACCUGGCCAAGGGCUUCUCCAAGGUCAGCCCAGCCACAUCACCCGCACCGUCCAAGCCGGGAAUAGUGCGUCGCUCCACGUCGGCGGACUCGCGCAUACCGCGACCCAAACACAUCACUAGUCCCAGUCCGGUGCGCAGGGAGCUCAAACGGCAGAAUACCUACACACUGGCGACGCCCACAAAAACGCCCGAAAGUCCCAAGGCAGAGCGGAAAACGCGACUGAGCUCCCUGCAGGAGAAGCCACCGAAUGUGUCGAGUUUCCAGUCUUCCGAUUCGUCGGGGGAGUCACAAAGUUUUAUCAGACAACCGUCCAGCAAACAGAACCUUUCAUUGGACCUCAGCCAGGUGGGUGACGAUGAACUGAUUGUACGGGAGGAGAAGCGUGUGAGCAUCAGCUGGUCACGCGAUGCCUCCCCCGCACCACUCAUGACCUCCUCGGCCACAACAUCGGGCACAACAAAGUCGGCCUCACCGGAGCAGGAACAGGAGCAAGCCAUGAGCAUAUCCAGUGACUCCUCACCGCCCUUGGAUGUUCAGAUUGCUCAGGGAGCACGCAAAAAGUCGAGCACACCGCUAAAAUCUAGUCAAAGCGAGGACUCCCAGGUGACUGUCAUCGAGCGACCGGCCACAAAGGCGCAGCUUCAUCAGCUGGCCCAGGCGGAGGCCGAGCCGCGCAAGAAAACCGAGAUACCCAAGAGCCUGGCGGAUGCACUCAAAGUCAUCAAUGAUUCACUGCUAAAGAGGAUGGUGGCCAAGCCUAUCUCCUCGCAGAGCCUCAAGCUAUCAAAGACGACAAUUCAGGAGCAUUGGUUCCGAAACUCUAGCACUGGCAAGGCUGAUCCUCACGAGGUGGAGGACCACUUGGACUACUUUGAGUCUCUCUCAGUGCCCCUGCUGGAAUAUUGCGUAAACCUCUCCGACAACAAUGGCAACACAGCCAUGCAUUAUGCGGUCUCGCACGGCAACUUUGACGUGGUAUCCAUUCUGCUGGAUUCGAAGGUUUGCAAUGUAAACCAAACGAAUAACGCCGGAUACACGUGCGUGAUGCUCGUAUCGUUGGCCAAGUUAAAGCAACCGUCCCAUCGGACAGUCGUGGAGCGACUGUUCAAGAUGGCCGAUGUCAACAUACGCGCCAAGAAGCACUGCCAAACCGCACUAAUGCUCGCUGUGUCGCAUGGUAAUGGCGACAUGGUCGCCAUGCUGCUGGAAGCCGGAGCAGAUAUCAACAUUCAGGACGAGGAUGGCAGCACGGCUCUAAUGUGCGCCGCCGAGCACGGGCGUGUGGAUGUGGUCAAGCAUUUGCUGUCCAGUCCAGACUGCGACUCCCUCAUACAAGAUGUGGAUGGCAGCACGGCCUUUAAGAUUGCCUGGCAGGCCGGACAUCGGGAUGUGGGCCUGCUCCUCUAUGUCCACGAGCAGAUGCUACGCAGCAAGCUGCCCAAUCGUGGGGAGACCGCCCGGAAUUCGCUCCUCACCAUGGCGCUGCACAGCCGCCAGUCACCGGAGUAAAGCCAUCUUGUAUUAGCGGCCAAAUUGUCG